AUGUCACCUUUGUUCAGACACUGCUGUGCCUUUGGAAGUCAUCAUCCUCAUCCCUUAAUUUGGAGGAGCAUCUUCCAAACAUUGGGAAGAGAACGAAAACAAAUCAGGAGUUGGAGUGCACAGUGCUCAGCAAAUCAGGAUCAAGCUUCUUUAGAGAAAGGCAAUGCUCCAAAGAAUUUAGCAAUACCUGAUAAUUCACUUCUUGAUGCUCGUAUACUCUAUUGUACCUCUCCUGCCCUGGGUCAUAACAAAGAAGCACAUCCAGAAUCUAACAAAAGAGUUCCUGCAAUAGUUGAUGCUCUUGAGAAAUUGGAGCUUAGUCCCAAGCAUCGUGGUUCACAGGUUCUGGAAAUUCAAAAUUUCAACCCUGCUUCUCUAGAUGAUGUUGCACGAGUUCAUUCAAGAUCUUACAUCACUGGACUCGAAAAGGCUAUGGGUAGAGCUUCAGAUGAAGGUCUGAUAUUUAUUGAAGGGACUGGACCAACAUACGCUACAGAGACUACUUUUCAAGAAUCACUUCUAUCAGCUGGUGCUGGAAUCACAUUGGUUGAUUCAGUGGUCGCAGCGUCAAAGUUAGGUCCUAAUCCGCCCCUUGGCUUUGCGUUAGUAAGGCCACCAGGACAUCAUGCUGUUCCUCAAGGUCCCAUGGGUUUUUGUGUCUUUGGGAACAUCGCAGUGGCAGCUCGGUACGCUCAGCAUCAACAUGGACUAAAGCGUGUGAUGAUAAUAGAUUUUGACGUUCACCAUGGCAAUGGGACAUCCGAUGCAUUUUAUGAUGAUCCAGACAUCUUCUUCCUCUCAACUCACCAGCUUGGAAGCUACCCUGGUACUGGUAAGAUCAAUGAAGUCGGACAGGGUGACGGUGAAGGCACGACACUCAACCUUCCUCUGCCCGGUGGUGCAGGUGAUUACGCAAUGAGGUGUGCAUUUGAUGAGGUCAUUGCUCCAUCUGCUCAUCGAUUCAAGCCUGAUAUAAUCCUUGUUUCAGCUGGAUACGACGCACACGUGCUGGACCCUCUGGCUGGCCUGCAGUUCACAACAGGCACGUUCUACAUGUUGGCAUCCAGCAUCAAGCAGCUGGCCAAGGAACUCUGUGGUGGCCGCUGUGUCUUCUUCCUGGAAGGCGGGUACAACCUGCAGUCGCUCUCCAGCUCUGUUGCCGACACGUUCUGCGCAUUCCUUGAUGAGCCCAGCCUCGCAGCACAGUUCGAUGAUCCAGCGAUACUUUUUGAAGAGCCGACUCGGAAGAUCAAAGACGCAAUUGAGAAGGCCAAGGGCAUCCACUCACUCUAG